AUGAUGCACCAGUCAGUAAUUGCCAAGCAGCGCCCCUCGACUAGUUUCCUCAUUCCCUGCCAGUUUUACUGCUCGGGCGGCGGCGGCGCCUCCUCAGAGAAGACAUUGAGCGCGCGUGGGGCUUCUCCGUGGGACCCCGCUAUGGACACGCACAGGCCGCAGCUGAAUGGCUUGGGCUUUAACAACGGGGGGUCGCUGCCUUGUUCCCAGGAGGAUGAAUUAGAUGAGGAUAUGGAUAACGGAUCCCAGGGUUCCACGUCUCCCCCGGACAGCCCCGUGUGCCCUAAGGAUGGAUUAUAUAUGGACACCCAGCAGCUCAUUCUCGCUUUCUACCGCGUGUACAGCGGCGAGGAGAGCGGCGAAUUAGAGGCUUCCUGUCUCCUCCAACAUGGCGUCCACCACAAAGCCCUGGAAACCCUGCUGAGGGUCGGGGGAGAGAUUAUAGAGAAGCACCACAUGGCCUUCACGGGCAUGCUACAAAGGUUGUCUAUACAUAGCAGAGAAGACUUGCAGAAACUUUCUGAGGUUCCCGCUUUGGUCUUUAAUGACGGAGUUACAAAUUGGGGCCGCAUUGUUACGGUCAUAAGCUUUGGCGCGUUUGUUGCAAAGCAUCUAAAGAGCUUAAACCUUGAAGACUGCAUCGGAGUUUUGGCAGAGCACUUCACGCAGUUCCUAAUGAUGAGCAAAAAAGACUGGAUAAUACAGGAAAAGGGAUGGGAUGGCUUUGUGGACUUUUUUCACAUAGAAGAUUAUGAAAGUGGACUGAAAACUGUUUUGAUGGCUUUCUCAAGUGUUGCUGUUCUUGGGGCCGGUUUGGCGUACAUGAUCCGAUGA